AUGGAUCCUGGCAUCAUAUGUUUCCAACACUGUGGACCCAAGAUCUUUUGUUUUUCUCUGCCAGAUUCCUGCCCAGUAUGUGAAAAAGCAUUGGACAACGCCAAUUUUUCACUAUUGCCAUUUAGAGUUCCUUACCCCUUUGUCCAGGCAUCUCAGUACCCCUGUGCUGUUGUGAUUAAACCAACUACUGGUGAUUUCAUGAAUGACUAUUUCAACUCCAAAGACCUCCACGUGGGAGUGACCACGUCCAAAGGCACAAUCGUGGAAUUCGACAAGAACGGCCUGAGGCACCACGCCAGUCUCCAAUGGGGGCAGUGCCUCCUCUUGGAUCGAGCCCCCGGACCUUGGAGGGACCACUGGGACGCCACUUUGAGGAGUGUCUGCGCCGAAGACUGCUGGUCCCCUGAAGACUACAGAGAAAACUCGCACAACUGCUAUUCUUUCGUUCUGAAGUUUUUGGUAGAUUUGGGUUAUGGUAGCCUCAGCAGAGCAGCUAAAAGUAGGACACAUUUCUGCGAGGAGUUUAUCAUUCCUCGGACUACUUCUGCUGGGAAGUAUAUAUCUUUGUAUAGGAAGUUGAAGAAAAAUGGUAUUUAUGUGGAUAGGACUAAAAUGGACUAG